AAUAUUUCUUGACUGAAAGGAGAAUGAUAUAAAUUAUAUAUUUUUACCAAUUUUUUUGUAAAGUAAUGAUAAUAUUCUCAUCUAGUCUCGCGUCUCUAAACAAACCAUUUUAUUUUAGUAGAUAAAUUAGGAGAUUGGAAUGAAUGAAUAAGUGACAGCGAGUGAAACCGUGUUACUUUACUUUAAAAAAAAAUUUAAACCUAUUGCUCUUUAUUAAAAAGAAUGAUAUCAAAGAGUAAGAAAGUGAUUAUUAAAAAAAUAUUUCAAUAUGCACUACUUAAAAAAAUUACGAUCUUGAAACGACCAAGCACAAUAAUUUACAUAAAAAAAAGAUUGAAUCACUUUAACUUGCUAAGUCGGCCACGACGUAUAUGAAAAUGUCAUGAUGACUCUGCAAAAUCUCUUGCAUAAAAAGCAAAACGGUUGAAAGAAACUUUUUGUGUGGCUCGUCUUAAAUUUUUGCGGAUUUCUCUGCGCUGCAAUUGUAAUCCUUGACAUAUAUGAGAAUUUUGUAGCAAGCAUACCCGUAAGCCAGAUUAGACCAUCACAUAAUGAAAUCAAAAAAAGAUAAAUAUAAACCCCGGAUGUCUCUCGAUUGCAGUUUUCCUCGUAUCGCAAUCAUAGCUAAUUGCGUCGCGCGCGUCCGGUUUAUUCGACGAGGGAGAUGUUUCUCUUGGUACCCCGUAACAAGUCAGGAUGGACGAAGUAAUUAGUUAAAGAUGGUAAUUCGAUGGAGAAUAUUCAAUUCGCUGGAUUGUUUGGACAAUUAUCGGCUGAUUGUAAUGAAUUGCAUCUGAGGCGCACGUACGACGCGCGACAAAGCGGAGUUGAAAUAUCAGUCACAUUAACCCAAUUUCCUAAUUAACUCAAUAGCGCUAAGCAAACGAUAAUCAGCGCUGCCAGUAUCCGUUGUGAAUUUUCAUGAUAUCGAUAUGAAUUGCGAAAUCAAGUUACAGACAUAGCAAUACUGUUAAUGCUCGACGCUGCAAUUGCAAAUCAAAUAAAACGUUUCGAUACGAUGAUUAUAAUUGCCAGACAGUAUUUUGUUAAUCCACUUUUGUUAAUUUAAUUGUUGAGCGCCGCUAAACAAUUAAAAAUUAUUUUUUCUCAAUUUUCCAGUUUCCUAAUUUUCAAUAAUCCCGAUGUAUAAAAAUCUUUUAUUAAAAUAUUUUUUUCAUUAAUAUAUAUGUAUAUUCCUCCUAUUCAUUUUAAAAUAAAUCACAACAUUUCUAUUCGCAAUUUUAUCGUUAAAAAUUUCAAUUCACAGAUUCUUUUCUUAUUGUUUUUACUUUUUAAAUUCUAAUCCUUUCGCUGCAAUUCUGGAUAACUUGUGUUUGAUAGAUUUUUAUUCAUGGUUUCUCGAAAUCUCAAAGAAUCCCCCAUUUCUUAACUCCUCAUGAAAAAGUUCGUGGUGAAGGGAAUCUUUAUGCGAUGGAGCAACCAAGAAUUUCCCUACAAACAUUAAGUUGACUUCUGUCUGACUACUAAUGAUCCCAGAUUAUAAACAACAUUACAUUUUUAUAAAAAGGAAAAAUUUUGUAAAAAUUCAAAGUAUUUCGUUUUUAAUUUUAAAGAAAUGUCUAAAUAUCUGGUUUUAUUUAAAAAUUAUUUUUUUAAGAUUUGAAAUUUCUGUAUUUUUUUCAACAGUCAUAUCUAAACUAGAAAAUCUUAAAGCUAUUCUUUAUGCAUUUAUUAUAAAAAGUUGUACUAGUUUACUUUAACAAGUAAAUUUUAUUCAAUUUUUGAUUAAUCUUCGAUAAUUACAUUACCAUAUUUUUUCAAAAAUAAAAUAUAGAUUUGUUCUAUAAUACAAGCUUGAAAGUAUGUGCAUCAAUUUUUACUUCACUUUUACCACUUAAAUAUAAACAAAAAAAAUGGUCGGAAGUGAUUUGCCCAGAUUGCAGAGAAAAAUAUACUGUAUUGUAUUUUUUUCUCUGCAAUCUAGGCAAAUCACACUGUAUUUGUCACACUGUAAAAGUUAAGACAUUUCUAUUACAAAAAAAUAUCCAAAUUAUAAACAAAAUGUGUAGGUACGAGCAAUAAUACGCUCUAAUGUAUAAUUCAUAAUAUGAUUAUGUGAUCGACGUCCUUUCUCUUUGUGUUGUUCACGAAUUCAAUAAACUCUGCCGUGCAUGAUUGAUUACCUGUUCCCUGACUAAACGGUAUUUAAGCUAAUACCGUGCUUAGAAGGCGAAUAAUUCCGUCGCCGGGGGUCGCGCUCUCUCAUAGUCGGAGCUAAUUUCCCACGAGAUUGUAUACCGGUAACAGAUUAGCCUCGCAAACUCCAAUAAGAUGACACCGAUCGGGAACACAGUCGCGUCAUAAUUUUCACGUUAAUGACGACUACAUUAACGAAUUACGCGCCUGUACAGUGGGACUCAACCGGUCAAGCUAUAUAACUCCGUGUAUAUGUGCACGUUUUAUGUGCGAUCAAUUUUGCGCGAUAUGGCAUAUUCCGAACACAUAUUAUAUACAUAAAAUGUGCUACACAUAAUAAAGGAGAAGAUGGUAUUAUGACCCUUAGGUAUUAUGGUGUAAUAUCUUUGUUAUUAGGUGAGGAAUUCUAGUGAUUACUUAUUUCGUAAUCCGCAGUAAUACAGUAAUACUAAUAUGCCAAUAAAUGACUGACAUUUAUUACAAGACAUUUUUAUUUUUAAGCACUUUGAAAUUUUUUUAAAGCGAAUUACACAUACUUUUUCAUUCUUUUUAAAUAUAGACAUAUUAUCAUAUGUAUAUAUAUGUAUAAUCUAUACUCUCUAAAUAACAAUCAGUGAAAACUUGACAAAAUCAGUGAAAAUACACUGACUUUCAGUGAUAUACUUAUAAUCAUUUACUGAUUAUCAAUAAGUGAAAUAAUUACACUGAUCUUUUAAUGACUAUACACUAAUUCUGAAGUGAAACUUACUGAAAGACAGUGAAUAUUCACUGAUUAUCACGGUUAUAAGUAUGCCACUGUGAAUCAGUGAAUAUCCACUGAUUACGAUUUAUAGAGUAUAGAUAAAAAUAUAAAAUAAAGAAUUUCUUUAUUUACACAUACGUAUUUUUCUGCAGAAUAAUUUGUUUUUUCAAAACAUUUAUUAUUAAAAAUAUUUUUAUAAAAAUGUUCACAGGAAUUGCAAAAAUUGUACUGUAUUUGUAAAGGCAACUUGUGCCACUGCAAAAAUCUUAAAAAGAUUAUUCGGUCCAAUCCAAAAUACUUUCUAAGACAAUUUUAAUGCGGAACAAAUCCAAAACAGUUCUACAUAAUUUUGAACAUCUGGUCACCUUAAUAAAAGAACUUUACAUAAAUAAAAAAAAUGUAUUGAUAUAUACCUAAUACUUUUGGUCGAUACUAUGCAUUAACCUUCACGUGAACACGUGGGUCGAAUGUGUCAGAAAUAAAAUAACAUCUGGUUGUGCCUGCAAAACCAGUAAACCUGCCAGUCUGGCUCCCCUCUCUGUAACUAGGCAGUAGAAGGGAUGAGAAGACCCCAAAGCAGUGUUGCCGUUCUUGCAGCCGGCGUACUACACUUCAACCACCCGAUGCCAAAGAAUAAAAGUGCUACACGUGCUGCACGUGGCUGCGAAAGCUUCGGAAACGGCAACAUUGCUUCGGAGCCAUUUCCCGGACCAGUUUAUCGCUGAACGCCGAGCAAGUAAAACCUCACAUGGACGUGUCAGACCCACAUGUUCAUUAAACGUAACUUUUUUCUUUAUCGUCAAAAAAUGGAAUUUCGAACGGCAGACGAAGUUCGUCACUCGCUUUUCUCUUCGGAAAAAGAAGCCUUUGGAAGUGAUUCUUUGGAUGAAGAGAAUUUCAGGGAUCAAGAAAUGGAUAUAAAGGAAUUUGAUAUAAAGCAGGAAUAUAAGGAUGAGGAUGAAGAUGAGGACCCUCUUAAAAUUGAGGAGGAAAAUAAGAACGUAGGAGCGGUUUGGAUUAAACUUGAACAGAUGAUCACGUGUAGGGCACGAGACGCGCAGGUUCUUGAAACGUUAUACGAGAAUGGGCAGGAGGAUGAAUCAUCCGAAAUGAGCGAAAGCGAGACAGAUGAUAACAUUAAGUCAGAGAGCUCGCACGCUUCGGAAACCGACGUUGAGGACGACAGCGAAGAAGAAACGAUCGAGCGAGAGGCGGGACAGCAGGCAGGUACGUCGCACCAUAAUGCAGAACCACCGCCCAAGCGAGAUCGCCCGGGUUACCUGCAUACAAAAAGUGGGGUCAAAUGGUCGUUGAAUGCUCCAAAACCAAGAGAUAGAAGAUCACAGUAUAUUCACAAGCCUGCUGUAAAAGGUAACGCUGUGAACGCUCACGCACCAAUUGAGGCUUGGAGUUGUUUAUUAUCAGAUGAUAUAUUAGAAAUUAUUGUAAAACACACAAAUGAAGAGAUUGAUAGGAACAUUCGGGAUAAGCAGGCAAAGAAUAUUAAAAUUAAUUUAUCUUGUCAUAAACACAUAGAUCUUAUAGAGCUAAAAGCAUGUAUCGGUUUAUUGUAUUAUGCUGGAAUGCAUAAGAUGAUUAUGUCAAAAACAGUCAAUUGGUGGAGCGUUCAUAGCAUGCCUUUAUUCAAAGCGACAAUAAGUCACAACCGUUUUACUUUUAUAUUACAGAAUUUACGAUUUGACGAUAAGAACACUCGUCCCGAAAGGAAACUAGUUGAUCGUUUUGCUAAUAUUCGAGAAAUUUGGAAUUUAUUUAUUUCAAACUGUAAAGAUAAUUACGAGCCUGAUUCUAAUUGUACUAUUGAUGAGCAACUACUUUCUUUUCGAGGACGAUGCUCUUUUAAAAUACAUAUUCCUUCGAAACCUGACAAGUACGGUAUAAAAAUUGUAUCGAUGAACGACGCUGUAACGCAUUACAUGAUAAAUGCGAUGCCUUAUGUUGACACAAUAGACAGAGAUCAGCAAGAGCCUGUUCCUUCUUAUUAUGUGAGAAAAUUGAGUGAACCGAUUCAUAAUACAGAGCGUAAUAUUACAUGUGAUAACUGGUUUAUGUCUUAUUCACUCGUCGAAUCAAUGGGAAAAAAUUAUAAUACGACGAUAGUAGGCACUAUGAAAAAGAAUAAACGUGAAAUUCCAGAUAGAUUCAAAAAGAUUCCUGCUAACAAAUCUAAUGUUCAAUUUGGUUAUACAAAUGGCAAAACAUUAGUAUCGUAUAAUCCAAAAAAUAAGAAAAUAGUUUUACUUUUAUCAUCGCUACAUUAUACUGGAAAAAUUGAUACAGAAACAGGAAAGCCAGAAAUUGUAGUUUUUUACAAUAAAACGAAAGGAGGGACAGACACCUUUGAUUUCAAGUGCCACCAAUAUACUGUAGCGAGAAAAACAUUCCGAUGGCCUUUGCGCUUGUUUUAUGGCAUGCUGGAUCAAGCAAGUGUAAAUAGCUUUGUAUUAUACAAUAUUAAUGAAGGUAAUGAGUUAAUGAAAAGACUGAAAUUCAUGUUUGAAUUAAGUUUAGCGCUUGUUAAACCUUUUCUGAUAAGACGAUUAGCUACUCCGACUUUGCGUUUGAAAUUACGAAACAUGAUCGAAGAUUUCCUCGAAGCCAAAGAUCUGCCAGAAGAUCAAGAAGUGCGUGAUUUUCUGGCAGACAACAAGAUGCCAAAGCAGAAAAGAUGCGGAUUCUGUCCUUCUGCCUUGGAUAGAAAGACUUAUUAUAAGUGUUUGCAGUGUGAUAUGCCUAUGUGUCGCGAGCACGUGGCGAAAAUUUGCUGCGAGUGUAGCAGCGUACGCCCUGAACAACAAAUCUAAUAAUUAUUUUACUUUUUAAACAUUGUAAUAUUUACUUUGUAAAAAAUAUAAAAAUUUUAAAUAUAAAA